AUGGCAUUGGAAAAUAGACAUGUAGACUGCAUCAUAAAGCUUGGUGGCAGUGCGAUCACUUCUAAACAACAUCUCGAGAAAGCCAAUACACAAGCAAUCAAUAUUGCAGCUAGUCAUGUACAUGAAAUGACAAGGAAAUGCGUCAUUGUUCACGGAGCUGGAUCAUUCGGUCAUUUUCACGCUAAGAAAUAUAACAUUGCUACCGGAUUCAACGAUACAGACUUCGAGCAACAACGCAUCGGCUUUUCACAGACAAGACUAUCGGUAACCAAGCUCAAUCACAUCAUUGUGCAAGCUCUAAUCGAGAAAGACGUUCCGGCAGUAUCAAUCUCACCAUGCGGACUAUGGAAAACUACCGACAGAUCGGUUACUUCCACUUUUCUACAACCGAUAAAUGAUCUCCUAAGAGCUGGCUUCGUACCAGUAGUGCAUGGAGAUGCAGUUAUCGAUACCUCUCUAGGAUGUACCAUUCUUAGUGGAGAUACAAUUAUUCAGAUCUUAGCAGAAAAUUUAUGCCCCAAACGGAUCAUUUUUAUAACGGAUACUAAUGGAAUAUACGAUCGUCCGCCUCAUAAUGAUGAUGCAAAACUAUUACGUUAUAUUUCUGUUACUAAAGAUGGUAAAGUCACGAAUGAGAUAGAAACAUCUCAACUGGAACAUGAUGUUACCGGAGGAGUGCAGACUAAAAUUGCCUCUGCAGCGCAUAUAGUUAGUAAAUGUAAUAUUCCAGUCCAUGUGGUAAAGUUAGGAUCAGCUGCUGCAUGGAAACUGUUGGAUAAAGGUGAACUUGAAGAAAGCGAUAUUGCCACAACGAUAACACUACAAGAAUCUGAAUAUCCAAAAUGA